GGGAAUUCAAUACAAAAUUAUUUUAUUUUGUAGGCUGGAGCAUUGGAUCUGCUGAAGGAGCUUAAGAAUAUUCCUAUGACCCUGGAAUUAUUGCAGUCCACAAGAAUUGGGAUGUCAGUUAAUGCUAUUCGCAAGCAGAGUACAGAUGAAGAAGUUACAUCUUUAGCAAAGUCUCUCAUCAAAUCCUGGAAAAAGUUAUUAGAUGGGCCUUCAGCUGAUAAAGACCUUGACGAAAAGAAGAAAGAACCCCCGAUUGCAUCACAGAACAGCCCUGAAGCGAGAGAAGAAAGCUCCAGCGGCAACGUAAGCAGCAGGAAGGACGAGCCCAAUACUCGAGACACUUACGUUUCCUCUUUCCCCCGGGCACCAAGCACUUCCGACUCUGUGCGGAGGGAAAUGCUUGCUGCAGCUCUCAGAACAGGAGAUGACUACAUUGCAAUUGGAGCGGAUGAAGAAGAACUAGGAUCUCAGAUUGAGGAAGCUAUAUAUCAGGAAAUAAGGAACACAGACAUGAAAUACAAAAAUAGAGUCCGAAGUAGGAUAUCAAAUCUCAAAGAUGCAAAGAAUCCAAAUUUACGGAAAAACGUACUGUGUGGGAAUAUCCCUCCCGACUUAUUUGCUAGAAUGACAGCAGAGGAAAUGGCUAGUGACGAGCUCAAGGAAAUGCGGAAAAACUUGACCAAAGAAGCCAUCAGAGAGCAUCAGAUGGCCAAGACUGGUGGAACCCAGACUGACUUGUUCACAUGUGGCAAGUGUAAAAAGAAGAAUUGCACGUAUACACAGGUACAAACCCGCAGUGCUGAUGAACCAAUGACAACAUUUGUUGUCUGUAAUGAAUGUGGAAAUCGAUGGAAGUUCUGUUGAGUUGGAAGAAUUGACAAAAUGUCUGGACCAUUAAGAAAAUGGAUUUUGUAAUUAGCUUUAAAACUAGGCCAACCAGCUAGUUUUCCUGCAAAUCAGAUUUUUAAAGCAACAUACAUCCCUUGGGUUCGUCUUUGUUCUUGACCUAACAUCCCUUCCUUAAAAUGCCUUUCGUAGUUUCAGAUCAAUAGGGAGACCGUAUAAUAAUUGUAUAAGCAUCUGUUUUAAAGCAGGUUUUUUUUUUUCAUCUUUAUAAGUAAGUUGAUAUUAAACUUUUAUCAAUUAAACUUCCUGGCAGUUUCUUUUUUCUUAAAGGAAAAUACACUUUAAUUUUAUUUUUACAUUCUGAAACAUACAUAUUAGCAAUUCUCUGUUCUCUCUUAAUUUACAUAAAUGGAAAUUACAUUUUUCUUCCAUUUUGGCAUGUACGUAAAAAUAUUAAAGGAGAAGAAAAGGUAAUAUAAUUUUAGAUUUACCAAAUGAGGUGUGUAUUCAAAUAAUACUUGACCACCUUAUCUAAAUUGUACAUACUAUUUGAACUAGCAUAUGAAUUUGAUUUUCAUUAUUAUGUUUUCCAGCCUGGGAUAAUUAAAUACUGUUUUUGCAUCUGUAACUAACCGUGCUCAUCAUUUCUUGUAAUUUCUUGUAUAUGUAUAUUACUUGUUCUUAAUAGAUUUUACAUUUGGAAACAUGACUUGACUUUGUUGAAAUCCAUUUGGUUUGUUGUUUAUUUACCUGUUUGACUUUGUAGUGUAUUUUAGCUUUAUAGAGCAGCACUGUUAUAGUUUUUACGCUUUUCAUCAGUCCCCUCACAGGCAAAGAGGGAAAACUUCCGGUGAUUUUUUUCCCUCAUGGGAAGACCUACUGGAAAGAAAAUCUAGUGUUUUAGUAUAGUGUAAACAUAGUUUAGUGUUUUAGUAUAACCUGGCAGUUCAUUUCUUGGUUUUGAUUUAGAAAUCCAUACUGACCAAGAAUUAAUUUUAAGGAUUGUUUAAAUCAUUAAAACUGUGGUCUUUCCAUAUGGAUGUUGAUGGAAAAUACUUUGUCCUCUUCUGUUACGUGGUCAAUGAGAGUGUUAACACACGGAAUAUUUGGGCUAUAGCACAAAGCUUUACAGUACAGAUCUUGACGUUAGCUUAUUUUUUAUUUGGUGUGCACCAUUCUGUUCUAUGUAAGUUCUUUAGGGCGCACUUGUUCCAGCACGUCUUUAAGGCCACGGCGGCCGAGUCUGUGUUUUACCGUGAUGAACUUGCAUUCUGUCAGACACCUGUAGAAAGACCUCAGUAGAUGCUUUGCACUCUCCUUUGCUUCCCUUCCCCAUUUGUUACUGCAAAGCAUUUUGAUGUAUUACAGACAACACUUAAAUAUUCCUACUAAGAAUUGGCCCACCUGUACCAGCCCCAUAGUUGGUAACUUUGUUAGUUCAUAGGUGAACCUUUUGUUUUAUCAUUUCAAAAAUAUAGUGCAUUUUGGAGAAAUCAGUUUAAAAAUAAUAAAAUAGUCCCACUUUUAAAUUAAAGUGAUCCGUUUAAAAUUUGUCAUUCAAUAAAGUUCUUUGUUGUUAA